CGGCGCAGUGUCUGCGGAGGAGGUGCAUCGCGUCGUUUUCUAAAACGUCACUCUUCCCAAAAGUACUUCACUGAACGCGUUUCCACAUCGAAAAAUGUAAUUCGCGUGCAUCGCGAAAACACCUCGCCUGUCCUCCGAUACCACACGGCCGCGAUAAGCAAGAAAAUCCCAGCACUAAGUCUCCCACAUCGUUGUGCCGUCGGAUCGCGAACCUCGCUUAUGGCCACCAUGGCCGAAAUCGCUCUUAUCAACAACGAGGUUAUGUCGUUCCUAUGUUUCGCGAAAGCCGUGCACCGAAAAUGGGUGAGGGCCAAUGAUCCGAGUCAAGUCAUUGUGGAGGAACCCAAUACCGAACAAAAUGUCAGGAUUACCCACAAGUUCGUCGAGAGAGUCUACAACUUCAAAAUUCACGCCAUCGACAAGCGCCUCAAGAAUGUGGCUCUUGCACUGGACAGUCAUCGGAAGAACUUCAAUCUGAAGUCCGUAACGAACGAAUUCAAAUGUCGAGGAGUAAAUAAUGGCCAAGAAUGGCAAGCCACCGACUACGAAUUGGAGUGCAACGGCUCGCCAAAAUUCGAGGCCACUUACGAAGUCGAGGUGAUUUUUUCCACCGAUGAAUUCGGAACUUUUCGGCAAAAUGUCCUCUUUGGUUUCGGCGACGAGCAUCCGGUGAUGCUGCGAAAAAUCUGCGUCGACUGCGUACCGGAAGAGGAUCUAAAAAGGCUCAAAGAUGCGAGCCUCUACGUUCUGAAUUUAAAUCAGCGUUUGUUGAAUGAGGCACAUCAGGAUUGCGUUCCAUUUAGCUCUCCUUUUGUGCCUGCCAAGGAUCCGCGCGAAGUCUAUUUAGCUAAAGUCUAUCCUUAUCCGGAAACGAAUAACUUCUUCCUGACACACGCCACCCUCACCGAGGAGUCUCUCACUCCGACUAAUUACAAAGGGCGGCUUCAUGAAUUGGUAACUGUCGAGGAAUUGGCCAGGCAUGAGCAGGUUGCCAGGUACAAUGAAGCUGCCCAUUUGAGACUCUCUUCUUGUUAUAUUCUCAAUUCCGACACGGAUGGAUCGAGCCUUGCCAAAUAUGCACCACCCGGCGAACUUUUUGCACAGCUUCCCUUGGGCCGCGAGAUUACGGAAGACACAAAGUGUGGUCGACUGCUUCUGCGUGGCUGCAAUAGUAUUUUGAUUAGGCGAUUGAUUGGCGAUGUGCCAAGCGAGAAGAAUUCGGAUGAGCCGGUUUUCGAGGCGCAUGUCGAAGACAAAUGCAAUCAUACAAUUUAUGCGCGUCUCUCGAAAACUUGUGUCGAGAAACUCGGCUUCAAAACGGACACCGAUCUGAAAGUUCAGGUCCAAUUUGUCCUAAAUCGGAUGCCCUUCUGCGAAUGGCAUCGAGCGAUAGAUUGUCUGCCGAACACGCAACUUGUCUUUCCACCCUCGACCCACAGAUACGGGGAAGACCAUUAUCUUUGGAACAACAGAUGGGACAAAAUGGUGCAAACUCAUAUCUUGAAUGAGAGACAGAAGAAAGCCGUCGCUGUGAUAAUGGCCCCGAAGGAAGAGAUUUUGCCGCCGAUACUUUUGCUGGGACCUUUUGGAACUGGAAAAACAUCGACGAUUGCCCAGGCGCUGAGAAUUAUGCUUCUCGAUGAUAUGGACAGUAAAAUCAUUCUCUGCACGCAAAGCAACAGUGCGGCUGACUUGUACGUGAAGGAGUUCUUUGAUGGGUGGUAUCGGGAGUCGAAAAAUCCGCGACUCAAGCCGCUCAGGAUUUAUUACAAGGGCCGGACCAGAAAUACGGUGAAUCCAGUUGUCCGUGAGUACACGCUGACGGACAUGAGUGGUCGUUUUCGCGAUCCUACGAGAGAGGACAUUGCUGAAUGUGGCUUGGUGAUCACCACCCUCGCCACGUCCAGCUGUCUGACACCUCUUGACCUUGAGCCAUCGCACAUCAUCAUUGAUGAGGCCGCGCAGGCCCUCGAGUGCGAGGCAUUGACGGCACUUGCUCUCGCGAACGAGAGGACGCGCAUCAUCCUGGCUGGUGAUCAGAUGCAGUUGGCGCCGGAAGUUUAUAGCGACCUGGCGAGGGAGCGCGGCCUCGGGACGAGUCUUUUGGAGAGAAUUCAUCUCACUUAUGAGCCCAAUCAUCCCUGUCGAAUUCAGCUUUGUCGAAAUUACCGAGCGCACGCUGACAUAGUCAAGCUCACCUCGGAACUCUUCUAUGGCGGCGAGGUCGAACCUGGAGCGAGUUUGCAGAAACAUCCGGAGCAAACGCCGCUCACUUUCUAUUCCGUCGAGGGAAACGAAGUCAAGGGAAUGCACUCGACUGGGUUUUUCAACAACGAGGAAGUCUCCGAGUUGGUAACCCGGGUUGAGCAGCUAAAGCACUACUGGCCGAAGGCGCGCUGGGGUCAUUAUGGGGAGGGUUCAAUUGGCGUUUUGGCUCACUAUUCCGAGCAGGUGUUGAGGAUUCGCAACGAGCUUCGAAAGCGACGACUUUCCGAAGUGAAUGUUGAACGUGUCCUCAAUGUCCAAGGGAAGCAGUUUACCGCCGUUUUCAUUAGCACAGUUCGUACGAGACACUGUAGUCGCUACUCGGCUGAAUUGAAUGUCAGCGACUACGGUUUUCUGACGAAUCCGCGACUCUUGAAUACAGCGGUGACGCGAGCAAAGUGUCUGGUCGCGGUUGUGGGCGAUCCGGUCGCGCUUUUGACCACGGGCUGUUGUCGCACUCUCUGGCAACAAUUUUUCAAGGCCGCGACUGUUCACGGAAUUAGCGAAGAGGAGCUGAGCUACCAUUUAAAUUCACUUCCGGAAUUGCCGUCGGUGGCGCCACUGAAUCCGCUGGCGCAGGAAUUUGUCCCGAGGAAUCCGCAGCCGCCAUUUUGGGUGGAAUACGUUCCAAUGCCAGAUUGAUUUCCGUUGCAGAUGAUGAUUGUAAAUGCUAGUUCUCAGUUUAGAGUACCUUUGCAGAGCAGCGUCUUUGAACGAAGCAUUUAGUGAAUAGUGAAUGAAGAGUGAUUUAUAUUUCUAAUUGUAUUGUAGCGAUACUUAGAGAACGCGCUUUCAAUUUCAGAAGUUGAGGAAGACAGUAGAAUGAUUUUGUAAGCCUAAUUUUGAAAGAGUUAGCAAUUAAGUUUAAGCUGUUUCGACGCGGUGAAUCGCAUCAUGUUUGAAGUCACAUGUGUAAAUACAUCGAAAUACAUUGUACAUGCCACCUUUUAAAGUGA